AUGAUGCGGACGAAUACACAUUACAUAGCGGUAGCGAUUGCUAUGUCUUUGCUGUGGAUAUUCAUUAUGGUGGCAUAUUUGGGAUUACUAGACGAGCCGAGAGCACGAAUCAGUUCCUCACAUCAACGAUAUCAUGCAUCUGCUCAUUCAACUUCUCAUAGUCAUUCGGAGCCGCUAAUACUGCCCAUAACUCUUGAAAAUAAUGAUAACAAUAAUGAUAUAUCGAAAGAAAUGCAGGAAGAGCAAUUUUCACUGAACAAAAUACCAGAAGUUGAUCUCGAGAAGUUGUCUGUCGUGCAAAAUCAACAAGAACAGAAUCAACGUGAAAUAAGUUACGCCAAAUAUGCGUUCAAUGAAUUUCUGAGCAACAGAAUUGGACCACGACGAAAGAUUCCAGAUACACGCCAUUACUUGUGUCUGAAUGAGAGCUAUUCGGAAGAAUUACCAGCAGCAAGUAUUAUUAUCUGUUAUUAUAACGAAGCUUCAUCAGCUCUGAUUCGCAUGGUUAAUAGUAUUCUGGACAGAACACCAUCAAAUUUGGUUAAAGAAAUAUUACUGGUGAAUGACUACAGCAAUCUCGGUUUGUUUGGUUCUUAUAAAUUGAAGGAAAGAAUGGCUCUAUUUCAAGAAAUGAUAGUAUCUUCAGACAAUGCAUCUGAUGUCGCAGUGCGCGCAUACGCUCGUGAUAAUUGGAAUAGUGACGUGGUGAAAAUGUUGAGUACGGAAAGAAAUGAGGGAUUGAUUCGAGCCAAAAUAUUUGGAGCGCAACAUGCUAUAGGUGAGAUACUGGUAUUUCUCGAUAGUCACUGCGAAGUGAAUGAACGAUGGCUCGAACCUUUGCUGGAUCGAAUUGUUGCUGAUAGGCAUACGGUUGUCUGUCCGAUUAUCGACAUUAUUGAUGCAGACACUUUUAAGUAUAUCCAAUCGCCAGUAUGCAAAGGAGGCAUGUCUUGGUCACUAGCAUUCAAAUGGGAUUAUUUCCCACCGUCGUAUUUCGAUGACCCUAAACAAUAUAUACGCCCACUGAAAUCACCAACAAUGGCUGGUGGUUUAUUUGCUAUUGACAAAAAAUAUUUCGAUAGUCUUGGACAGUAUGAUCGAGGAAUGGAAAUUUGGGGAGCAGAGAAUGUAGAAAUUUCUUUAAGGAUUUGGAUGUGUGGCGGACGUUUGGAAAUUAUCCCGUGUAGUAGAGUUGGUCACAUAUUUCGUCAACGGAGACCUUACGGACUUGGAAUUGAUUCAAUGGGCAGAAACGCAGCUCGUGCUGCCAAUGUUUGGCUCGAUGAAUAUAUUGAGCAGUUUUAUGCAGUCAGGCCAAAUCUGCGAGGGAUCGAUAUAGGCGACAUAAGCGAAAUGAAAGCAUUACGCCAAAAACUACACUGCAGAUCGUUUUCAUGGUAUCUUCAAAAUAUUUAUCCAGAAUUACUGCCGAACAAUCAUCCAGCAAUGGUCGAUUUGAAGAAAUCUGAUAUGCUGCGGAAUAGAAAUAUUGAAAGAUAUCACAUAAUCUUAUAUAACACAAGCUUAUGCUUGACAGCUCAGUCAACAAAUGGACGUUUGGUGAGGGGGAAUAGGAUUAUUGUAGAGUAUUGCCGGAAAGGAGAUCGUCAUCAAAGUUGGCACUGGACAAAACUUGGCGAACUUCGCCCCAUGGGUUCAGCAACGCUCUGUCUCGACUCACUGAAGGGGCCACGUAUUCUAAAAUGUCACCUACAACGCGCUCACCAAGAAUGGUCGCUAAUGGAUCGUAAAAUCUACAAUGCAGCCGUCGGUCAAUGCAUACACGGCGAAAAGCAAUUGUCCAGUAUAACUAAAAAUCGUUUUUGCUCUAUUGCAAGUGAAUGGGAAUUUUGGGUUGACACUCAAACUAGAAUAUUUCUUCAAAUUAUUUUGAUAUUGGAAAGUGGAACACAACUUCGAAUUUUUGUUGACAAAUUAUCAUUAAACGCAGUGAAAAACAUACCCUCAACGAUAAAAAUGACAAAUUCAUUGGAACACUAG